UUCUCUUCUUCACUCUCUUGUUCGAGAUGGAUUUCUUCGCGUGAUCGCACAUUUUCGGCGAAUCGUACAAGCGCAUCGUCAUGGAUCGCAAGGGAAAGCAGGUUGCCGGAAUUGGUUCAUAUUCCGGCGGGAUGAAGCGGAAGAGGGUAGAUGACGGAGAAGCGUCCGGGAGUCGGAACAAGAGGAGGAAUCCCGAAGUUCUUCAGUUCAUCGAGGAUUCUUCUGUUGUUGGAUACUAUGGUGAAAGCAGUGACGAGGAGAAUUUCAUCGAUGAUAUGGAAGACGAUGCAGAGCCUGAGAAGAAUGAUAAGAAUAAUCCAGCGAAAACCAGCGACCCUGCUUUUGUUUUCCCAAAGGAGGAAGAGAUUGAUGAGGAAGAAUAUGAUAAAAUGAUGGAGGAUAGAUAUAAACCAGGUUCUGGAUUUGGUAGAUAUACUGAUGAUGACGUUAAAAGAUCAAUUGAAAUGGAUUCUCUUGCUCCUACCUCUAAGGAUCCACUACUUUGGAAAAUCAAAUGCGUGACUGGACGGGAGAAGCACUCCGUUUUCUGUUUGAUGCACAAGUUUGUUGAAUUGCGGAAGUUACACACAAAAUUGCAGAUAAUAUCUUCUUUUUUCUUGGAACAUGUCAAGGGUUUUAUAUUCAUAGAAGCUGAAAAGGAAUGCGAUAUUCUCGAGGCAUGCAAAGGAUUACCUGGUAUAUAUUCAACUAGUAUGAUGUUGGUUCCAAAAAAUGAGGGUCCUCGCUUGCUUACUAUCCAAAAAAAAACUAAAAAGUUCACUGGGAGCACAUGGGCUCGUGUGAAGAAUGGGAAAUACAAAGGAGAUAUUACGCAGGUUGUGGCUGUCAAUGACACCCAGAGAAAAGCGCUCAUAAAGCUAAUACCAAGGAUUGACCUACAAGCAUUGGCCCAAAAAUAUGGUGGUGGAGUUGCUCUCGAGAAAGGCAUGGUUCCAGCUCCGAGAUUGAUCUGUCCUAGUGAACUUGAAGAGUUCCGACCUCUUAUUCAAGUUAGGCGUGACCGAGAUACUGGAAUGACUUUUGAGAAUCUUGAUGGCCUUAUGCUGAAAGAUGGAUAUCUCUACAAAAAAGUAUCCUUGGAUUCGUUAUGCUCAUGGGGUGCUGUGCCAUCAAAGGAUGAGAUAUUAAAAUUUAUGCCUGUGGGGCGGAAAGAAGCUGGUGAUGUGGAGUGGAUUUCGGAAAUUUAUGGUGAAGAGAAGAAAAAGACUGUUCAAGUCGGCAGAGCGGGUGGGAAAGGAGAGAGUUCAUCAGGUUCUAUCCCUGAAAAUGGAUUUGGCUUAUAUAACCUAGUUUGUUUCAGUCGAAGAGAUUUUGGACUGAUUGUCGGUAUGGAGAAAGGUGACAGUUACAAGAUUCUAAAAGAAGGUGCAGAUGGGCCCGUUGUUGUCACUGUUGGAAAAAAGGAAUUGAAGAAUGGCACGUUCGACACAAAAUUUACUGCCUUAGAUCUAAAUAAGAAGCAGAUAUCUAUCAGUGAUGUCGUUAAGGUUUCAAAAGGUCCAUUAGAGGGUAAGCAAGGAGUUGUGAGGCAAGUAUAUCGAGGGGUCAUAUUUUUUCAUGAUGAGAAUGAAGAAGAAAAUGGUGGCUAUGUUUGCUGCAAAUCUCAAAUAUGUGAGAAAAUCAAGCUCUUCACUGACGUGUCUAACGAAAAGACUGGUGGAUGUGUUGCUUCAGGUUUUGGGGAUUCUGUAUCUUCCCCAAGAUCACCUCUCUCACCGGAAAAUGAGUUUCAGCCUAAGGAAAAUUUCAGUAAAUCCAAUCGAGGAGACAGGGAUAGUGGGUACUCUAUUGGUCAAACCCUGAGGAUACGUGUGGGUCCAUUAAAGGGGUACCUCUGCCGGGUCCUAGGUAUACGUUAUUCUGAUGUUACGGUCAAGCUUGAUUCUCAGCAUAAAAUUCUCACAGUUAAAAGUGAGCAUCUUGCUGAGGUUCGUUGCAAAAAUUCUGCGUUAACAAGCGAGGAUGCAGGGCCUAGUUCAUUUAAACCGUUUGAUUUACUUGGAACUGAAGGCAACUCUGAAGAUUGGACGAAGGGAGCAGGGGCAUCAGCAGAGGGCGGUGGGUGGAACAUGGAAGGUUCUUCUUCAGAGUGGAGCUCCUGGGGUAGUAAGCCUACAGCUGGAGAUUCGUCUCAGCAACAAUCAGUCCUGAAUGAUAAUAAUUCAUCGUGGGCUAGAGCUGCAGAGAAUGACAAAACUACCGAUCAAGCUGGUGGUUGGAACUCCUGGGGCAAAAAAGAUGUUCCUGAAACUGACACUGGUGAUGGUACAUCUGGUGGUGGUUGGGGAAAGACAGCAACUCUUGAUGCAGAUGCAGCAGGCUCUUCUAAGGUCGAAGCAUCUUCUUGGAGCAAACAAGAAGUUUCCGCUUUUAAUAAAGAAGAUUCUGGUUCUGGUUGGGGAAAAAGGGAUAUGGACUCUGUUUGGAAUAAGCAAGAUGGGAGUACUAAUGGAGGUGGGGGUGGAGGUGGAAGUCUGUGGGGAAAGUCAGAUGAAGGUUCUUCAUGGGCUAAGCAUGGAGAAAGCUCCAAUGUGAGUAAACGUGAUGAGGGCUCGGGAUGGGGUACACGAGCUGGGGGUUCUAAUUCAAGUCAGAAUAAAGAAGAAUCUUCUUGGGUUAAACAAGAUGGAGACACUGGUUGGGGUAGUGCAAAUGAUGGUUCUGAUAAGUCCCAAAAUGAUGGAGGUGCUUCUGGAUGGGGAAACAGUGAUGGAGGAUCUAGUUGGAGUAAACAAGAUGCGUAUUCCAGGGCUAGUCAGAAAGGAGGAGGUUCUUGGGGACAACAGGAUAAAGGUUCCGAUUGGAGCAAGGAAGGAUCCACUUGGGGCAAACAGGAUGGAGGAUGUGGUUCAGGGGAGAAGGAGGAUGUUUCUUGGGGUAAAAAACUUGGAGACUCCCAAUCCAGUGAAAAGGAAGUUCCUGGAUGGGGUAAACAGGAUGGAGGAGGAUCCUCGUGGAACAAAGAAUCUGAUUGGAAACAAUCAGCUACUGACAAAUCAGGCCUGGAACAACAAAACUGGGAAAGGCCACAGGCAUUUGAUAGCAGGGGUGGUCGGGGGUUUGGCGGGAGACGAGGAGGUCGCCGAGGUGGCCGGGAUCAAUUUGGUAGAGGAAGAUCCUUUGGUAGGGGGCAGUCAUACGGGAAUUCAUCACAAUUUUCUGCCAAUGAUUCUGCGGACCCUACUCCGUGGAGUAAACAAGGUGGAAGUUCUGGUUGGGGUGGACAAGACGGAGGUUCAUCAUGGAGGAAACAAGGUGAAGGAUCUGGCUGGGGUAAACAAGAUAGUGGUUCGGCUGAGGGCAAGGAAGGCGGUUCGAGCUGGGGUAAGGAAGGAGGUGCCUCUUGGACCAAACAAGAUGGUGGUUCCUCCUGGGGUAACAAACAAGAUGGUGGUUCGGCUUGGAGCAAGCAAGAUGAAGGCUCCUCCUGGGGUAAGAAGCCGGAUGGUGGUUCCUCAUGGGGUAACAAACUAGAUGGUGGUUCCUCAUGGGGUAACAAACAAGAUGAUGGUUCUUCCUGGGGUAACAAACAAGAUGGUGGUUCUUCCUGGGGUAACAAACAAGAUGGUGGUUCUUCCUGGGGUAACAAACAAGAUGGUGGUUCGGCUUGGAGCAAGAAAGAUGAAGGCUCCUCCUGGGGUAACAAACAAGAUGGUGGUUCUUCCUGGGGUAACAAACAAGAUGCUGGUUCGGCUUGGAGCAAAAAAGAUGAAGGCUCCUCCUGGGGUAAGAAGCCGGAUGGUGGUUCCUCAUGGGGUAACAAACUAGAUGGUGGUUCUUCCUGGGUUAACAAACAAGAUGGUGGUUCCGCAUGGGGUAACAAACAAGAUGGUGGUUCGGCUUGGAGCAAGCAAGAUGAAGGCUCCUCCUGGGGUAAGAAGCCGGAUGGUGGUUCCUCGUGGGGUAACAAACAAAUUGGUGGUUCGUCUUGGACAAAACAAGAUGAGAAUGCCCCUUCGAACAAGCAUGAUGGAGGCUCCACCUGGGGUAAUAAGACAGAUGGGGUCUCGACUUGGAACAAGAAUGACACUGACUCGGGUUGGGGUAAACAGCAGGAUGCAGGGACAUCCUGGAGCAAACAAGAUGAUGGUGCAGCAUCUGGUAAUAAGCUAGAUGAUGAUGGUACUGGUGGGUCUAGCCGGGGCAAACAUUCUGGCUGGGGAAACCAGGAUAACAGUGGCAAAUCCAGCUGGAACAGAGACGGUGAAAACGGGAGUUCAAGCUGGGGAAAGCAGAAUGAUCAGGGAGGCGGUUCCAGCUGGGCAAAACAGGAAGAUGGCGGCGGUUCUAGACAGUGGAAUGAUCAGAGCAGAAGUUGGGAGGAACAGAGGGAUUUUUCUGAUGGAAACCGUGGAUUCGGUGGAAGAAGAGGGGGAGGGUUUCGUGGAGGUAGGAGCCAGUGGGGUAGAGGAGGAGGAAGAUCAUUUGAUCAAUCUGGCGGCUGGAAGAGAGACCAAGGAGGCGAUGGUGGACCGGACUGGAAGAAAGGGUGGGGAGAGGAUGCGGAUAAGGGGGAAGGUUCGGGGUGGGGAAAGAAAGACGAGCCAUCAUCUAAUGGCUGGAACAAUGGAUCUGGAAGCAAUGGAGGGAAUGAUCAAGAAGGGAAUGCUGCUGGGAACAGCCACGAGGAGGCAUGGGGCAAAGCAUCAUCCUGGGGAAAGGGAAAUGAUAAGGCAGAUGGAGGCAACAAUGGAGGUUGGUAAGUAUCUAUCUUUCCACCGCCACUUCUAUUAUCUCCAUGAAAGCUUCAAGUCUUAGGAAAGAUUGGAAGAAACUUCUAAUUAGGUUCUGUCUUUUUUUUUUCUUUUUGGCUCCUCACUCUCAGUUCAUGAGCUGGAUUUUUUGUUGUUUUUUUCGGUAUCUCGGGCUGAGAUUAUUGACCGAUCAUCGCGAUGUGAUUAUGGCCAUCUUUUGUGCUUAUUAGUUUUUGUUUCUAAUUUCA